UUAUCUUGUACAGCCUGGAGUGGAGUUUUCCCCCCGGUAGAGGUGGUUGUGGUCUGGUACUUGCUCCAGAAUGCACAGUGGUCCUUGGUGAGGGAAGACCAGAGAAGCCCCUUUUCAGAGUCUGUGCCUAUGUCAAUGCUGAGGACACACUAGAAGUCAGGGGCGACUGGCAAGAGGGGACUCUUGAAACUGAGCUUGACUUGGAGCAGAAUUCUGAGUGCACAAAGGUCUCGGGAACAGGAGAGCAGCUACCCACAAUCUCAGAGCCACAACUGGAUUUUGCAGAGGCUCAGCCCCAGGAAGAUCAAAGUCCGAACCAAGACGAUCAGACCAGCUUGACUGCAGAGCCUGAAGCCCACUCGGCACGUCAUUUUGAGGAACCAGACCCAGCACUUGUGGAGCCAACAGCUUCAAUGCCCAUAGACACUCAGUCUCCCCAGUCUUCUGCACAGCCUCGGUUUGAAUCGAUGCCUUUGGACGAUUUGGCCGAGCCUUCCCAGAACACUGAAGAGACGCCCAAAGGGCAACGUGGGCGUGCAGGGCCUGAGGAAUCUGAUGAGAAAUUCGAGAAAUUAAACUCUCCUGUGGCUGAGUCGGUUGAGUCGGCUGGGCCGGGUUUGUACGAGGUUGUUCACAAGAACGGCGUCCUUGUACGUGCAGCUCCAAGCUGCCAGGCCCCAGUGCUUGGACGUUUGGCUCUCGGGCAGCAGGUUUGCGGAAGGACACAAGGAGACUGGCUCCAGCUGGAUUUGAAGCCCGAUUUAGUGCUUGAUGUGAUUGAUCCAACAUUUAAAUACCCGGAACAACAAGCAGCUUGGGUCCUGGUAGAUGGGAAAGAGAUUGGUUUGGGAAUACUGCUUGAUUGCAGCGCAGCAUCCCAAGCAGAGUCAGCUGAGCGGAAAAACGAUGACAGCUUGGAGAAAAGUGCAGCCUCUCCAGAGGCAGAACCCUCGAGCAAAGAGACCACUGAGACCACUGAGACUAAAGAGACCAAAGAGACGAGUGUAUCUUCACGAGAACAGAAGGUGAAAGCUGCGAAGGCGACAAAGCAUGCAUCCAUGUUGGCGGAACGAGUUGUAGAGCCAGUGGAAUACGUGGUACUGUCUCCAACACCUUUGCACAGUGAGCCAAAAUUUCAGUCUGAAGAGAUUGGAGAGCUUCAAGAAGGCGAUUCACUCCUCGGAUAUCCAGGGAGCUUGUCCUGGGUUCGGUUGGCAAGACCAAGCGAGCCAAAUGAAGAGACAUGGGCUCCGAUCAAAUCAGCGAAGGGAGUUUUCCUGAGUCCCAAAUGGUCGCGACUAGAAUCAGAGGGUGUUUUCAGCGAAGCCCUUGAAGUGAGUUGGCAAGGCCUUGUUGCUCGAAAACCCUAUGUUGCUGCCUAUAGCAUCGAAUGGCGACUUACUCCAGGGGAAGAGCUUCCAAUCGGAGCCGGGCAGGAAACAGACAGGGAAGGCUUCAAAAAGACUGGCUAUGCUUUGAGUCUCAAACCUCGUGCUUUGGUGGAUUUAGGCAGCUCAGGCUCAGGUUACAACAUGUUGCAACUGUCAUAG